CACUGACAGGAACACCUCCAAGUGUAAAUAAAAGAGUAACACCGUGAUGUAAUACAGUGGCUGUGUUCUAUAGUUGUGUUUUAGUAGCCACUUGCUAUAUUAUCAGCACAAACUGUUCAUCAUGUAUAGGUCAUUAAGAACUGUCACUGUAGUGUGUUGUGAUACAGGAGCCAGGACGCCUAGAGAGUACUGGCGUCUCUUACAAACUCCAUUACUUUGUGUGUCAAACAGAAGAUACGCCUACAGUACGUUCUUCCCCAAACAGAAUGUGUCGACAUUUAAUCUCGUGAACAAAUUUUUAUCAGGCAAACCUGUAAAUAUAGUGCCAUUGAUGCGUCACUUGAGCAUUGGUGUCCAACGACAGCAGAAAUCUGAGGAGAAAGAGCCUAGUGGUGGUACAAAAGCCAGCUUCAUCAGUCGAGGAACAAGAUCAACACUUUACUAUAUAGCUGCUGUAUGGGUACUUGCUUUUGGGCUAAGCUAUGCAGCAGUGCCCCUUUACAGAAUAUUUUGUCAGGCCUACAGCUAUGGAGGAACUCCCCAAGAAGGACAUGAUGCUGAAAAAGUUGAGUCGAUGCAAACGGUUGAGAGUCGAAAAAUCAGAGUCCGUUUUAAUGCAGACACAGCAGCUUCCAUGACCUGGAACUUCAAGCCUCAGCAGAGUGAAAUUAAGGUUCAUCCAGGUGAGACUGCUUUAGCAUUCUACACUGCCAAGAAUCCUACAAACCGUCCUGUGAUUGGUGUGUCAACCUAUAAUGUUGUUCCAUUUGAUGCUGGUCAGUACUUCAACAAAAUCCAAUGCUUUUGCUUUGAGGAACAGCUUCUAAAUCCCCAUGAGGAGGUACACAUGCCUGUCUUCUUCUACAUAGACCCAGAAUUUGCUGAUGACCCAAAAAUGCAGAAUGUGGACAUCUUGACGUUGUCUUACACAUUCUUUGAGGCACGAGAGGGGCUCCAACUUCCAAUGCCUAAAUUUGCAUAGUAGAAUGUAAGUGAAUUUAAAGAACUGUAGUAGAGUAACAUGGGUAUGGUUGUAGAACAGGGCUUUCAUUAUAAACUGGUUACUGGUCAAAAUCUCGUAUUCAACCAGACCACUUCUAAUUGUUUCUGCAUCAGAAUUUAAAUUUAUCUACUGAUUGAAAAAUUAAACCCACCAUAGGUCAUCUCAUCACACACUACAGUAAAUUCAUGUUAUCACUCAAUCUCUGUAAUUUUUUUACAAUUUUCUUAAGUUAUAUAGCAGGUGGGCCAGGGGCUCCAUGAUCCCCCUGCCUCUAAAUGUACUCUUUGGACCUUCUAACUAAACAUCUAGUGAAAAACCUGAUAUUAUGUGAUGAAGAUGUAGUUGACGAGUCAUAAUUUUGAUUACAGUAUUUAUAUACUGCACUCUAUUGUACUCUGAUUAAUUUUUCUGGUUCAAAAUUAGACUUAAAAGGUCAGUGCAGGUUAGAUUGUGGAAGAAAUGUUUGUAUUCAAUGAAACUGUAAAUAUGUACGUAUAUAUAAUUGUUAAUUAAAUUAAAAGAAUUAUAUAUCCAAA